AUGAUGUGUGAAGUGAUGCCCACAAUUAAUGAGGACACCCCAAUGAGCCAAAGGGGGUCCCAAAGCAGUGGCUCGGACUCAGACUCCCAUUUUGAGCAGCUGAUGGUGAAUAUGCUAGAUGAAAGGGAUCGUCUUCUAGACACCCUUCGGGAAACCCAAGAAAGCCUCUCACUUGCCCAGCAAAGACUGCAGGAUGUCAUCUAUGACAGAGAUUCACUCCAGAGACAGCUCAAUUCAGCCCUGCCACAGGAUAUCGAAUCCCUAACAGGAGGGCUGACUGGUUCUAAGGGGGCUGAUCCACCGGAAUUUGCUGCACUGACAAAAGAAUUAAAUGCCUGCAGAGAACAACUUCUAGAAAAGGAAGAAGAAAUUUCUGAACUUAAAGCUGAAAGAAACAAUACAAGACUGUUACUGGAGCAUUUGGAGUGCCUUGUGUCACGACAUGAAAGGUCACUAAGAAUGACGGUGGUGAAGCGACAAGCCCAGUCCCCCUCGGGAGUGUCCAGCGAAGUUGAGGUUCUCAAGGCGCUGAAAUCUUUAUUUGAGCACCACAAGGCCUUGGAUGAAAAGGUAAGGGAGCGACUGAGGGUUUCUUUAGAAAGAGUCUCUGCACUGGAAGAAGAACUAGCUGCUGCUAAUCAGGAGAUUGUUGCCUUGCGUGAACAAAAUGUUCAUAUACAAAGAAAAAUGGCAUCAAGUGAGGGAUCCACAGAGUCAGAACAUCUUGAAGGGAUGGAACCUGGCCAGAAAGUCCAUGAAAAGCGUUUGUCCAAUGGUUCUAUAGAUUCAACUGAUGAAACAAGUCAAAUAGUUGAACUACAAGAAUUGCUUGAAAAACAAAACUAUGAAAUGGCCCAAAUGAAAGAACGUUUAGCAGCCCUUUCUUCCCGAGUAGGAGAGGUGGAACAGGAAGCAGAGACAGCAAGAAAGGAUCUCAUUAAAACAGAAGAAAUGAACACUAAGUAUCAAAGGGACAUUAGGGAGGCCAUGGCACAGAAGGAAGAUAUGGAAGAAAGAAUUACAACCCUUGAGAAGCGUUACCUCAGUGCUCAGAGAGAAUCUACCUCCAUACAUGACAUGAAUGACAAACUAGAAAAUGAGUUAGCAAAUAAAGAGGCCAUCCUACGGCAGAUGGAAGAGAAGAAUAGACAGUUACAAGAGCGUCUUGAGCUAGCUGAGCAAAAGUUGCAGCAAACUAUGAGAAAAGCUGAGACCUUACCUGAAGUAGAGGCUGAACUGGCUCAGAGAAUUGCAGCCCUGACAAAGGCUGAAGAAAGACAUGGAAACAUUGAAGAACGUAUGAGGCAUCUAGAAGGUCAACUUGAAGAGAAAAAUCAAGAACUUCAAAGAGCUAGGCAAAGAGAGAAAAUGAAUGAGGAGCACAACAAAAGAUUAUCUGAUACUGUGGAUAGACUUCUGACUGAAUCCAAUGAACGCUUACAGCUACACUUAAAGGAACGAAUGGCUGCUCUAGAAGAGAAGAAUGUUUUAAUUCAAGAAUCAGAAACUUUCAGAAAGAAUCUGGAAGAAUCUUUACAUGACAAGGAAAGAUUAGCAGAAGAAAUUGAAAAGCUGAGAUCUGAACUUGACCAGUUGAAAAUGAGAACUGGCUCUUUAAUUGAACCCACAAUAUCAAGAACUCAUCUAGACACCUCAGCUGAGCUGCGGUAUUCUGUUGGAUCCCUAGUGGACAGCCAGUCUGAUUACAGAACAACUAAAGUAAUAAGAAGACCAAGGAGAGGCCGCAUGGGUGUGAGGAGAGAUGAGCCAAAGGUGAAAUCUCUUGGGGAUCAUGAAUGGAAUAGAACUCAACAAAUUGGAGUGCUAAGCAGCCACACUUUUGAAAGUGACACAGAAAUGUCUGACAUUGAUGAUGAUGAUAGAGAAACGAUUUUUAGCUCAAUGGAUCUUCUCUCUCCAAGUGGUCAUUCUGAUGCCCAGACCCUAGCCAUGAUGCUUCAGGAACAAUUGGAUGCUAUCAACAAAGAAAUCAGACUAAUUCAGGAAGAAAAAGAAUCUACAGAGUUACGUGCUGAAGAAAUUGAGAAUAGAGUGGCUAGUGUGAGUCUGGAAGGCCUGAAUUUAGCAAGGGUCCACCCAGGUACCUCCAUCACUGCCUCGGUUACAGCUUCUUCGCUGGCCAGUUCAUCUCCCCCCAGUGGACACUCAACACCAAAGCUCACGCCUCGAAGUCCUGCCAGGGAAAUGGAUCGGAUGGGAGUCAUGACACUGCCAAGUGAUCUAAGGAAACAUCGGAGAAAGAUUGCAGUGGUAGAAGAAGAUGGUCGGGAGGAUAAAGCAACAAUUAAAUGUGAAACUUCUCCUCCCCCUACCCCUAGAGCCAUCAGGAUGACUCACACCCUCCCUUCUUCCUACCACAAUGAUGCCCGAAGUAGUUUAACUGCCUCCCUCGAGGCUGAAAGCCUUGGGCUUGGCAGUGCCAACAGCAGCCAAGACUCUCUUCACAAAGCCCCCAAGAAGAAAGGAAUCAAGUCUUCAAUAGGUCGUUUGUUUGGUAAAAAAGAAAAAGCUCGACUUGGGCAGCUCCGAGGCUUUAUGGAGACUGAAGCUGCAGCUCAGGAGUCCCUGGGGUUAGGCAAACUUGGAACUCAAGCCGAGAAGGAUAGAAGACUGAAGAAAAAGCAUGAACUUCUAGAAGAAGCUCGGAGAAAGGGAUUACCUUUUGCCCAGUGGGAUGGGCCCACUGUAGUCGCGUGGUUAGAGCUCUGGUUGGGAAUGCCUGCUUGGUAUGUGGCAGCCUGCCGAGCCAAUGUGAAGAGCGGUGCCAUUAUGUCUGCUUUAUCAGACACUGAGAUCCAGAGAGAAAUUGGAAUCAGCAAUCCUCUGCAUCGCUUAAAGCUCCGAUUAGCAAUCCAGGAGAUGGUUUCCCUGACCAGUCCUUCAGCUCCUCCAACAUCCAGAACUCCUUCAGGCAACGUUUGGGUGACCCAUGAAGAAAUGGAAAAUCUUGCAGCUCCAGCAAAAACGAAAGAAUCUGAGGAAGGAAGCUGGGCCCAGUGUCCGGUUUUUCUACAGACCCUGGCAUAUGGAGAUAUGAACCACGAGUGGAUUGGAAACGAAUGGCUUCCCAGCCUGGGGUUACCUCAAUACAGAAGUUAUUUUAUGGAAUGCUUGGUAGAUGCAAGAAUGUUAGAUCACCUAACAAAAAAAGAUCUCCGUGUCCAUUUAAAAAUGGUGGAUAGUUUCCAUCGAACAAGUUUACAAUAUGGAAUUAUGUGCUUAAAAAGGUUGAAUUAUGACCGAAAAGAACUAGAAAGAAGACGAGAAGCAAGCCAACAUGAAAUAAAAGAUGUGUUGGUGUGGAGCAAUGAUCGAGUUAUUCGCUGGAUACAAGCAAUUGGACUUCGAGAAUAUGCAAAUAAUAUUCUUGAAAGUGGUGUGCAUGGCUCACUUAUAGCCCUGGAUGAGAACUUUGACUACAGCAGCUUAGCUUUAUUACUACAGAUUCCAACACAGAACACCCAGGCAAGGCAGAUUCUUGAAAGGGAAUACAAUAACCUCCUGGCUCUGGGAACUGAAAGGCGACUGGAUGAAAGUGAUGACAAGAAUUUCAGGCGUGGGUCGACCUGGAGAAGGCAGUUUCCUCCCCGUGAAGUACACGGAAUCAGCAUGAUGCCUGGGUCCUCAGAAACAUUACCGGCUGGAUUUAGGUUAACCACAACAUCGGGGCAGUCAAGGAAAAUGACAACGGAUGUUCCUUCAUCAAGACUGCAGAGGUUAGACAACUCCACUGUUCGCACAUACUCAUGUUGA